AUGCAAGGAAUGAUCCCCUUCACUGCCGACGAUGUCCAGCGCUCCCUCGGUAUCCUGUACAACGUCGGGUUCGCGACCAGUGUCCACCGCGCCCCCGUCGCGGUAGCAAUGGAUCCUCUCCCACCCCUAAACGCUCGCGGCGGACGCACAGUCCCUACAGAGGGCUGGAAGGCCGUAUACUCGGUCUUAGUUGGGGAGGACAUGUGCAACCACAUGCGCAACCUACACGGCGGCGCAGCUGCAACAUUAGUAGACACAGUGACAUCUGCGACUCUCGCCUUACUUGCGACAGAGAGUUUCUGGGGAUACCCCAUGAUCUCUGGUGUGACUGUUUCGCUUGACAUGACGUAUUACAAUGCUGCUCCUCUGGGCACGAAGAUGAAGCUCACGUGCACGGUCGAGCACGUCGGUGGAUCGCUGGCCAACAUGCGUGGCGAGUUGACCGACUGGGACACGGGCAAGCCUUAUGCGUCCGGAACGCAUGUCAAGACUUGGCGUGAUAUGCGCCCGAAAUCCAAGACCAAAUCCAAGAUGUAG